CCGAUCCGAGUGCAACAGCAUCCACCCUCCUCUCCUCCUCCUCCUCCUCCUUUGGCAACCACCAAGAGCACUAACUCCAUUUCUUUCGAACCCACCAUGAAGCCGACGCCCUCCCUCCCCGCCGCCUGGUUCGCCGGCCUGUCGAUUCUGUUCGGCGGACACCUCUCGCCCGCGAACGCCUGGGUGUGCCCCGCACAAGGCGGCACCAUCCGGAAGAACGAAGGGUCCCUUGCGAUCGGAAAAGGCCGGUUCGGGGGCGGCUCGGCCCUCUCCUACUCGUCCGGCUUCUCGGACGAAAGGGGCGCUGGCAACUCCAACAGCACCUCGCCGGUGCUGGAACGCCUGCGGAUCAACGGGGUGUCGGUGUCCCCCAAGGGGUUCCACGUCCUCCUGGAACCGACGACCGCCAGGAAGACCGGGACCGAGCACGCGGGAGCCACGGACCCGGCCUGUGGCGAAGGCGAAGGCAAGCCCUCCCCCAUUGAACUAGGCCAACCACCAAAGAGACAGAUCGUUCCCGGGGCAAGCGACGCAGCGAUCGCCCCCGGCGCCAGCGACGGCGAAACCCAGAGGGAAAGCGCCGAGAACGGCGCCGGCGGGCUGCUCCUCCCCCUCAAGGUGACGAACGACCCGGCCGAUGCCUUUGCCGCUACCUCGCCGGAGUCCCUCACGCUCUGCCAGCUCCUGAGCGGGGUCGACAUGGCCGGGGCCAUCCUGCCGCCGGAGCUCCUGGGAAAGAUUGUGGUUUCCCACGUCGAGGACAAGGUCGACUCCAUGUACGACGACGACGACGACGACGAAGAAGAAGAAGAACAAGACAACGCAGCCGUCUUUGUCCCGGUCUUGUCUCCGAUCGAGGGAAAGCUCUGGGAAUUCCUAAAGAACGAAGAGGCCCUGUCCAGGGAGCAGCAGGCCUCUGCCUCGUUGUACGCGUCCUCGCCCGUCCCGCCGCGGAUCCCGCAGCUGCCCGAGGUCACGCUGGACCAGCUCACCCUGGUUCCCGCCCACCACCGCGAAGGAAAGGCCGCCGGCGGUUCACACCCGUCGUGGCUCUGCCGGCUGGAGUGCGCGCUGCCCCAGUGGAAGGACUUUCUCACGGUCGACGUCCGGGCCGACCUGCUGGCCUCCCUGGCCUACAACUACGAUCCGGAGUCCUCGCCGCUCUUCACCUGCAUCGCGCUCGCGCUCCGGUACAAGGCCCCGAUCGUUCUGGAGGAGGAGCUGCGGCAGGACGCCCCUUCGGGCGGCGGCCACGCCGGCAAGGAAACCGAAACCAAAGGCGAGGCCAAAGCCAAGAAAGCCCCGACCGAGACAGAGGGUGGAAGCGGCAAAAGCAACAGCAACAGCAGCAGCACCAACACCAACACCCACAACGGCGGAUACUGGUCCUCCCCCGACGACCUGGACCGCGACUUUCCGCAGCGGACGACCCUCCGGUCCCUGCGGCAGCAGUCCUCCCGCGUGACGCAAAACAUCGAGCGGGGCUUUGAGAUCCACAAGCUGACGGGGGCCCUCGAGAUCGCCAGGCGCCUGGGGGACGACGCCGCCGCCGAAAAGAUACGCGCCAAACUGGACGAGUACGACUCGAUGGAAGGCCUGCCCACCCUCGGGGACGCUUCGGGCGGAAGGACGACCGGGGGCGACGAUCGCCUCGACGACCUGGAACAGAACAUUCUCCAAUAGUGUCCUUUCGGAUCGUGUAGUAGUAGUAGUAGUAGUACCAAGAAGAAUUGUAAAAACGUGGUCGUUCAUACUACAAUGAUAGUUCUCUCGAUCUUCUCCUCUUGCAUCGAACUUGUUGUUGCAAUCUUUAACCGUGGCUACCGGCUAUGUUUGCUUGAAUUGCGGGCAUCGGUGCAUAUGUGGGUGUGGGUGUGUGGCUCCCUUUGCCGUCGCUCACCGUUGGCGGCAACAACAACUAGUAGAGACUGUUUCACUACUACUACCGUACUACUAGCAGCUUUUGUUGAGAAACACUCGCGUCGAAAAGCCGAAACUCCGAUGCAAACGUAUGAUGUAAUGUUAUCAAGCAUAUGUUAUCAAGCAUGU